GACUUCCGGAUGGUGUCCUUGGCUGGAGAACGAUGAUUUUCCCGGAGUUUUCAAAUGGAAAAAAACGAAUGCUAAAUACAAAUUAGCCAAGAUCCUGAGGAAAUCCUGAGUUAGUUUAAUUAUAUUUAAAAAUGUAUUGUCGCGAAUUUUUACCGUGUACUUGAAAGAUGGUUGAUAUAAUCAACCACUGUCAACACAGACUGUCGUCAGCUGGUUAGCCACACAAAAUGAUGCUUUUCAUUGUUUGCUACCUUGAUUACUACAGAAAGUGGGAUGGAUUCUCUUACUAUGAGGGGUUCGUCCCUAACCCAGGACCCCCUACUCAAUGUGCUAAAGGCUGUUCCUCGUGGACUGACUGUGGGUCCCUCUCUGGCAAAUGAUGGCCAGUUGGGGCUCUGGUGUGUAGGAAAUGCUCUGAACAAAGGAGUGUUUCUGGGUUUGGAAGAUCAAAACAAAGCCAUUGACCAAAGCGGAGACUUUUCAGAGAGCUUGGUGGAAGAAACGUUUCGGAGGAUAAUCAAGGGGCAUCUUUGGGACAGGUGUUAUUGGAUUAGGUUUGCCUGUAAUGCGAGGAGACAGGAGGAACAGAAUGUUACCGUUCAUGAGGUGGAUGGAAGUCUCUGUUUAAGGGCCUAUAAGGACAUCAUGCCAGGGACCGAACUUCUACUUUGGAGUUUCCUGGCUGGUCCUCUUGACCACCAUGGGAGUGAAGGAGGGUCACUAACAACACCAAACAAACCUCGCAAACAAAUGACACCUCGAAAGUCCAGAGAGGAUGGGUCCUCCACAGAGCAGGAGUUGAAUCUUCCAGAGCCUGAGAAGCACACAGAAGAUUCAGACUCGUCAGCUUCUUUACUGGAGUCUAUUACUGUGGAGGAAGAGAAAAAAUGUACUCAAAUCAAAAGAAGCAAACCUCUUAUCUACAAAAUGAAAAAAAAAAAUGUGAAAGACACUCAUUACAGUGGUGAGCAAAUACUGGAACAGAAUGGAGAAGUUGAGUCUUGUAAAAUCAUCAAAACCGAAAGUGCUAUUCCAGAAAAUGUGAAUCCUGCAGACAAGUCUCAGCAGAGCAGGGAAAAAACAGGAGAUUUCAUAAAAACACCCCAGGAAGAGGGGGAGGAGACGCACGUUGUCAGGACAAGUUCCAGGCUCGCAGCUAAACCCAGGAAGGUGCAUUCGCUUGCUGGCCGCAUCCACAAGCGCCUUCAAGAUCGCCAAAAUAGGUCUCUGUGCCGUCAAGCGAAAUGUGAGAUUGCACCCGGAGUUGGAGAUGAAAAUGGACACGCUGGUCUAAAAACCACUAUAAAUAAUAGAGAAAAUACAAGCUCUGAUGAGGUUCCAAAAGACAUUGACAAAGGAGAAAUGAAAGAUCCAGUGGAGCUUGUGACAGGUCCAAAACUCUUUAAAACCAGGGAAAGGAGGUAUAAAUGUGACCAGUGUGGCAAAAGUUUCUUUCAGCUCUGUCACCUGAAGAAGCACAAAUUCACCCACUCUGAUCUAAAGCCUUACUUAUGCACUGAGUGUGGUAAGAACUACAGCUCCCAGGAGAACUUCAGGGCCCAUCUUUUAAUGCACAAGGGAGAGCGGCCAUUCAAGUGCCAGCAGUGCGAUAAGAGCUAUGGCCUGAAACGGGACCUGAAAGAGCACGAAGUUCUACAUACAGGAGAGAGGCCUUUCGUCUGCGAUAUCUGUGGGAAGGCGUUUGCCCGUCGGCCUUCCCUGCGUAUUCAUAAGGAGGCCCAUCGCGCUAAGGAGGAACAUUUCUCCACCAAGAUUAAGUGCCCUGUCUGUAAUAAAGAACUAGCCAACUGGGGCUCUUUGAGGAAUCACACACGCUUGCACACAGGAGAACGUCCGUACGCCUGUCCCCAUUGUAAUAAGACAUUCCGACAGCGGGGGAACCUUUUAGGUCACUUGCGCAUCCACACGGGGGAAAAGCCUUACAAGUGCAGCCAUUGCGACCAGCACUUCUCCCAGGUGCCUGAGCUCCGCAGACACCUCAUAUCCCACACAGGGGAAGUCUACCUCUGCCCCAUAUGUGGCAAAGCCCUGCGGGACCCGCACACCCUACGGGCCCAUGAACGCCUCCACACGGGAGAGAGACCUCACAAGUGUGAGUUAUGCGGGAAGGCCUACACAAUGGCCACGAAGCUGCGGCGCCACAUGAAGUCCCAUCUGGAAGAGAAGCCCUACAAGUGUCAGACGUGCGGCGCCGGCUACACACUAAUGCAGAGCCUGGUCCGCCACCAGCUCUCCCAUAAGAAGAGAGCGAAGAAGACAUCCGGGGAGCUCGCCGACGCUCUGGCGGCUCUGGAGUCUGGCCACCCCGCACCGGCCAGGGGCAGACCUAGAAAGACCGCUCGCAAGGCGGAAGUCAAGCCCUGGGGAAAUGUCCCAGGAGAGAAUGUCGAGGGUCAGUCAGUAAUGUAUGUUCAGGCCAUUGAAGACUUAGCCAUGCCUAACACGGGAGAGGUGAUCAUCACCACCUCCGACUCUUAUCACGAUAGUGCUGUGUGUUCCAUGGUAAUGGAUGAAGGCUCGGGACAGGAUGUGGGCCAGAUCCAACUAAGUGAGAAUCUUAUUGAGAUCAUUGUCUCGGACUCCAACGAUAAGUGCAUUGUGGUGAGAGAGCACAAAACACACAACAACCUGGUGAUUGUACACGGUGAAGACGGACUGGGCUCUGUGGCGGAGACGGUAGAGAUUGAGACAGGGAUUUAGUACUGCAAAUCAUACCAUUUCUGAUUUCUAUUGUCCCUUUUUUCAUUAUCUUCAAAUAAAACUGAUUACUGUUUUAAACAGAAUGUAAACCUUUUUGGCCUGCUAUGUGUUCUGUGGUUUUCCUUCAAUAAAUCAAUAAGCAGUAUUUAUUUAAAAAUGCAUUUUUGUCAU